CAUAGAGGGAGAGGUGACAGAGUAGAUUAUCCUUCUCUCCUCUUCUCCUCUCUGCCAGCCUCAUCAUGAUCAUGCUGCAGAUGUUGACUGUUAUCUCUCUGACUGUUAUCCUCCUGGCAUCUGUGGAAGGUAAAGGCGUGCAGAUGCAGAGGGAUGUCCAGUGCUGCAUGUUGUACUCCCAGGGCAAGGUGCGUACCAAAGAUGUGUUGCGGUUUGAGGUGCAGACGGAGGGGCCCGACUGCAGUAUACAAGCUAUCAUUAUUUACACAAAGAAGGCCGUGAAAUGUGCCGACCCCAGAGACCGGAAGGUGAAGAGACUGCUGAGGAAACUCAUGAAGAGAGAGAGAAUCAAGGCCCAACGAACCAUGUGGCUACUUCCUCGUGACAACUUGCCUGUCAUGUCAGAGGACAAGAAAGGAAGCUGGGUGUUUCUCAAUAGGGAGUGAUGGAGCAAAGGACAACUCAUAGUCAUAAGCCAAGUACACUUUCAGAGGCUCGUCUUUUUAACAUGGCGAAGCUUGCUGAUUCUCCAGUCGUCUCGUGUCUCUCUCUGUCUACACUAUCUGUCUCCCUGGGACCAGACCUGGGCAGCAAUACAUAUUUAAAUGGCUUUAGAUAUUUAAAUAUGAACUGUGCUUGAAAUAUUCCCAAACACUUGGCUGGAACAGUCUCAUCAGAGGAAUAUUUACUUGUAAGAUAAGUUGAAUUGAUUCUUCUUUUUGUUUUUUUGUUUUUUAAUGGCUCAUACUGUUAUUUGCCGGAGUCUGCCUGGAAGUGUCUCCCUCUACAAUAACAUAACUUCUUGUGUGAAAUCAGUCAAAAAGUUGUAAUUAAACAAACGAUAAAUGAGCAGUGAUAUUAAUAUUGUCUAUCAGCAAGCUACUCUAUGCUUAUUUGUGACUUGUAUAUCUUUAGUAAUGUAUAAUGACACUUCACACAGUAAAGAAGAUGGGGUUUUGUCUCAGUGCACUAAAUGUGCAGAAUAUUGGGGAACUAGUAUUGAUUUGCACCUUGUUUUGUACAAUUCAGAUGUUUUUAGUUUAAAAAUCCUUGUUCAGGUUUUGAGCUGUUGUUAUGUGACUGUUAGACAGGUGAACUCAAAGAGGGAUCAGAAAGAAGAUUUCACCUGGAUUCAACUCCCUGUGUCACAUAAGGAGCAAAUGUUCCUGAUACUUUGAUCACUUUGUAUUUUGACUGUUUGUAAGCUCAAACUGGAGUCAUUUUAAAAUUAGGCCCUCAUACAUUGACCAGUGAUUUCGACAUCUAUUUGCAGUUUACAUUUGUCCUUUUCACCAACAGUCCGUCACUAAACUAUGCCAAAGCAUUCAUGAUUCAGUUCACUACAUGGCAAGGCUGUUAAAACUUAGAGGGCUCAAUUGUGUGUGAAACACACAAGCAUUGUGUUGUAGAAGAAUGCACUGUAUGUUCAAACACAGUAUCUCAAGUGAGCUAUUUUAUAA